CUGCUGAAUUUCAAUUUCAUACAGGAAGUCGGAGCUGUGUUCUGCUGCUUUAGGUGCCUUGAUUACAUCUAACAAGAUGCGACUAAAGCGGGCUAAGGCAUACCGCAAGCUAUUGCACUCUUACAAGCUGCAUUUCGGGUUUCGAGAGCCGUUCCAGGUCAUCGUCGAUGCCGAGUUUGUGCAAGAUGCCGCCAAAUGCAAGAUGGAUAUUCUCCCGGCGAUCACGAGGACAUUGCAAGGAGAAGUCAAGCCGAUGAUUACCCAAUGCUCCAUGCGACACCUCUAUGCGACCAAGGACUCCCAGUUGAUCGACCAAGCGAAAACAUUCGAGCGACGACGUUGCGGUCACCAUGAGCUGGAUGAACCGCUUUCCACCCUCGAGUGUCUAUCCUCCGUGGUCGACGCGAAAGAUAACAAGACGAACAAACACCGGUACAUCAUUGCCAGCCAGGAGCGUGAAGUGAGGAUACAGAUGCGCCAGAUCCCGGGUAUCCCAAUACUUUUUAUCGACCGAAGUGUGCUCAUUCUGGAGGACAUGUCGGCCGCUACAGUGAAGGAGUGCCAUGGCCAAGAGCGGAGUAAGUUCCUGGAAGGAUUGAAGACGCGAGGCACUCUCGGGUCCCCAGCGAAGCGGAAGCGGGCCAUAGACGACGAGGCAAAUGCCGCAGAAAAGGACGUGGACGAUUCCCAACCCGAUGAAGUGAAAGCAGUAAAGAAGAAGCACAGGGGCCCGAAGGCACCGAAUCCACUCAGCGUCAAGAAGCGAACGAAGCCGACGCAUACCUCAGACAAGCCUAGACAAGCGGAAGGUGAGCCGUCCGGCAACAAAUCCCAGGGCCAAGAAUCGAAUGGUGCUCCAGACCACGCGGAAAGCCAGGAGGCCGGGCAGAAGAAGAAGCGGAAGCGGACCCGGAAAGUGGACAAGGGUCCUGCUGAUGGCGGCGAUGCAGGACCUGCGGAUGGAGAGACGUUGAGCGUUGGAUCUCCGGGAUGAAGAUACACAUGCAAGAUUGGCAUGUUUGCAACUCCAUGAUCCCGGUGGAAAUCACGAACUCGGGAGCACCCUCAGCGAAGGGGGCGCAUAGGCGCAAUUUGCUGCUAGGUAUCUCGCUCCAAUACGACAGCAAGAACAGGACAAGGGGGUCCUUCAGACUUUCUUGCCUUGGGCGAGGAGGUCUGAUACCUUGGGGGGCAAAACUAGAGUACUCCUGUCGUUCCGUUUGAUGAAUUCGACGAUGACCUCUGCGGUCUUUUCGGGCAGAUCUUCUUGAAUGAAGUGACCGGCAGCGGGGAAUACUUGCAGUUGGAAUUUGCCU